AUGGAAAGAUGCCGCGACUGUGAGGGCAAUAGGCGUGCCGAACAUAGCGUAAAGGUGAAGCCAACCGCCACCAGGGGAGGUGGGAGGGGCGAAACUUAAACGCCACUUUCACCGAACUUCGUAGAACUGGCCAGGAAGCGGCUAAAACCGAGCUAUUUGAAGCGAGGGCCGCAAGGCAUUAUGCGCGGCAGCACGCAGGCCCAGCAGGACGUAAUUUAACUGAUUUAAACCUUCCCGUACUACGGGCUAAUUAUGUAUGCAGUGAGAAUAGUUGGCAUGCCGGCUAUGGGCUAUAUGUCACAAACCUCUUGCGUGGGGUGAAUUUUUUGCCCUAUGACCAUACUCGAACUGGCCAAUAACGUCUGGCAAGAGCCAUAAUAGGAUAGAGAGGGACUCUCCCAGUCACGCCUUUGGGAUAUCUUAAUUUCAAAAAAGUUAUUUUUAGAACUAUGCGGACCUUGCGGAAACAGUUUCCGGUAACCUGGUUGACUUCUGGAAGAUUCAGCGCCAAAGCGAGGCCGCGUCAAGAAAUGAAUAAAAUGGCUGCCUAAGUGGAGGGACGAUACUUGAUAAAUUGUCCUUCUUCAACGAAGAACCUACCAUAGAAACUGGUUAAAACUUCUACACAAACGGAUCCUUUACAAGAAAUGGUAGAAAUCGGUUAAAGGGACCGCGUGACCAUCGUUUUUGUUUGAACAGCUGGAAAGAGGACAAGUAGCAUUGCGGCCCGGAUAUAAAGCGUUGCACACAAAACACUCGGGUCCUACAAAGACGACCAUACAAGCAACCAUGUGGACGUAUUUUCUAUUGAAAGAGGAAGGAAAAGAACGUAUAAAGGUUUCCAGUAUUUUUGUCAAGGACAUGACCAGGGAUCAUGUGGAAAACACCUUUUCCUGCUUUGACUGAUAUUUUGUACCGUGCUUCACAUUGGACAAUUAACAAUUAAGCACUUUGAUAUUCUUGAACACGAGGUGAAAUAUAUUUUUCAGGCACAAAUAUAUUAUGCAAUGGAGCGAAUAUGUUUUAUUAGACAUAUAUAUAUUAUGCAAUGGUACAAAUAUUGUUUUUCAGGCAUAAAUAUAUUAUGCAAUGGUACGAAUAUAUUUAUUAAAACCAAUAUAAAUUGAAUGACAAUAUCGUCCCAUAUGGCGCCCGAUAAAAAUCGGUAUGUGCAAAAGUUUGAUUUACAGAAUUUUGAAGCAUUGCAAAUCAAAUCGCAGUUAAAAAAUUCUUUCGCACACAAUGACCUAAUGGGUUAUAUGGAAUCGCCAGAACUUUAAAUUCUGCUUCCCAGCCUGUGAAGAAAAGAAGAGCUUUUUUUCAUCUGUCGACUCGCGAAGUCAGGGAAAAAGGUUUCUUGCAUCGUGCAGCUUGUGUUGUUCUUUAAUAAGUGUGGACAAUGGUGGCCCGGUUGCUCGAGGUAAGGCGCCGUUUCUCUGUAGUUUUCUUGACAUUGAAAUCUCGAAAUUUCGUAAAGAUUUGCUUUUAUUUUUUUUGUCAUAAGUUGAAUUUGAUUUCUGGGGAAAAUCCGCCUUUGAAGGAAACGUUGAGUUUACAAAACCAUCUCUUCUAUUCAAUUAAACUGUAAUUGUCAACAUUCCAUCGAGCAAAAAUACUGCUCAGUAAAGUUAAUCGGAAAACGCUCUUUUGAAUACUUUGAAGUCUUUUCUUACCUUCAAAAAAUGGAUCGUAGGAUUUUGCCGAAUUCUGAAAGGUUCUUACUCUAAAAAAGACUGGCAAAACACCGUUCUAACGCAUUAGUUACUCGCGAGGCUAAAACACUACAAAGACCACUGAGUGUGUAUCCUGAAAACGGUUUUUGCUUGUAAAAGCUUUAUUUGUGUAAGGUUAUUUGUGUUUUUUCAUGUUGCAAACGGUGUUGAAAUAAAUACGACAGUAUGAUAAUCUCAUCUGGAGUUUAUUUACUUUAUGUGGUUUUACCAAGCCUCAUAUUUUCCUCAUAGACCUGUAAUAAUUAACCUUUACAGAUCCUGCACCACAAUGUGUAGGUAAGAUUUUCAUACAACCCCAAACAUUUGUUAUGUGUGUUAAAUAAUAUAAGCUUGCUGCAAUGGAUAAAAAAUGUAGGGGUUUGACUGCAAAUCGUACGACAGCGUAAUUCAAGCUUCAGGCAUUCAUGGAUGCAUAGGAUCUUUUGAUGUUGUGUUUGCCACUUAUUGAUCCAGCAAGUUUUCUCUAUUUUACUACUUAAGCACUUAUGGUUUUAGGUGUCGGCUGCUGAAUGUAGUGUUGUUUUUUUUUUUUUCCUCAUAGAAAGCUCUCAAAAGUAUGAAGAAUAAAAACUACUGCAAUAAGUUCAAACUGUGUAUCUCGCUGAGUUGUGUCUUAUUUUUUAUACCCCCCUCCGACACAGAAAAAAAAUACAAACCUAAUUACUCUUUUUCUAUAGUGUACGGCAAAACCUGCAUAUUUAAGCGGACUCCAUAUUAAAAGUUACAUCCUAUGUUAAGCAGAUGAAUAGCUCAGUAUGUUUGAAAAG